AUGGCUUCAGUUCUGGCUUCGGAUUUAGACCAGGAGACAGCAGAUCUCAUCCUGAAACUCCAACUCGAGGAUGCAAGCUGCCACCUCCAUAUCUCGGAAAGUGACUGUGGUGACCUCAAUGACGAGGAUCUCGCGUUUCAAUUGCAGAAUGAAGAGCUCCAAUGUGUCUCUCAGCUCCUGUGGGACAGGAAGAUGGCUAAGAGCUUUGCAGUGGCAGUGGAAGCCGACGCCCAGAUCCUGGCUGAACAUCUAGCUGAAGAAUCCGGUGAAACCACCGCAGCUCCCAAGGAUGAGGGACCAGAUAUGGACUCCCCCGACCUCGACGACGAGACCCUGAGAAAGCUCAAAGUUCUAUACAUUUCUGGAAUCGAAGACGAUGCUGAGUCGAUGGCAGCGAAUGGACACACUGACGAUAACGAAACGUCCGAAUGCAUCCACCCGGUGAAACGUUCAUGCCUGCCUCUUCGCCGCUGCAUCGCCUGUAGGGAGGAGGUCGAAUUCAUCAACGCGGCUCGUGCUCCGUGUCAACACGACUAUUGCCGCCCUUGCCUUCUGUCUCUGUUCAAGGCCUCACUGACAGACGAAACUCUGUUCCCUCCACGCUGCUGCCGACAGCGGAUGGACACCAGUGCUGCACGAAUCUUUCUCAGUUCUGACUUUCUGCAACGGUACAACAAGAAGAAACUGGAGUUCUCGGUCGUCAAUAGAACAUACUGUUACUCUCCAGCGUGUUCGAGCUUUAUUCACCCCAAUCACAUUGUCGAUGACGUCGCGACUUGUCCCGAAUGUCGCCUCACUACCUGCGCCAGUUGCAAGGGCCGCGCGCAUACCGGGGACUGUCCAAACGAUAAUGCUCUGCAACAGCUCCUUACACUUGCGCAGGAGAAUGGAUGGCAGCGCUGCUACUCGUGCUGGCGCGUUGUAGAGCUGAACUAUGGUUGCAAUCACAUGACUUGCCGUUGCGGAGCUGAGUUCUGUUACAACUGCGGAGAGCGCUGGAAGAUCUGCGAAUGUGCUGAUUGGAAUGAACACCACCUUCUUCAGCGCGCCUACCAGAUCAUUGACCGAGAUAGAGAGGCAAACAACCUUCCAACUGCUGCCGCUGGUAUCGCUCCAGCUGCCGCUCCUCCCCCUAAUGCCGCCGAGCCUCAGGAUAAUCGAGCUGCAGUCGCAGUUCCUAGAGAGGAGGCUCCUGAUGCACCCGAGGUGGAAGUUGAUAACGAUCUAUUGGCAAGAGUAAUGGAGGACUUGAGAGAAAAUCACGAAUGCAGUCAUGAUGGCGCAUGGAGAUAUAUCUCCGGUUCCCAUCGCUGUGAGGUGUGCUCUCAUCGCCUGCCGCACUAUAUCUUUGAAUGUCGUGAGUGUUCUCUUUGGGCGUGCUGGCGAUGCAGGCGGAACAGACUUUGA